AUGGUCAACCGCUUCGACUGGGAUGCAAUCGAUAAACCCGCGACAGGUUUUGGUAUAGCGGUGGCACUCGCAGGCGUCGCGGGCUACGUACGGAAGCGCUCGACACCGUCGCUGGUAGCGGGCGUGGGCUUUGGCACCGGCAUCGCGGUUGCCGCGAACAUGCAGCCCGAGAAACCGGUUAUAGCAACAGUACUCUCGGCGUUGCUCACUGUUAGCAUGCUCAGUAGAUACUUGCGGAGCAAAAAGUUUAUUCCGAGUGGUCUUGUAGCGGUGGCCGCUGCUGGGAUGACUGGCAAGUUUAUCGUGCAGCUUUACGACGCAGGGUUUCGUCUCUGA